CAUCAUCAUCAGCCCUCUGGAACAGAACAGUCUUAUUACUUAGCAAUGAUGGCGGACUUGAGUUUGAUUCGCUCGUCUCUCCUUUUCUCCCUGCUUGCUGUGGCCGCGGCCAGUGGCUGGGGAGCCUACCCCGAUCUGGAUUAUUUCUACAAUCUUUACGGAGACAAUCCGGAGUUUUUCGACCCGUCUUCGUCUUCGGAGGAGGAAAUCCCGUUUGUUGACGACAAUGGAUUAUUUGAUGUUAACCUGACCAUGCCGGGAGUUCGACCCCCUAAGCCUGAUACAUACUACUGCUACUCCAUGCCGCUCUCGGAUGACAUUUCUGUAUCAAUCGUUGGAUAUGACCCGUUGGCUCAAAAGAACACUGCUCACCACAUGAUAUUAUUCGGCUGUUCUAUGCCGGGUGGCAUAGAUGACGUAUGGAACUGCGGCGAGAUGGAAGGGGCUGGAGGCAACCCUCCAUGUCUGAUGGGUGAAAAGAUCCUGUACGCUUGGGCCAUGGAUGCUCCAGCACUUAAACUACCAAACGAUGUUGGCUUUGAGGUUGGAGGCAUCACCGGCAUUGAUUACCUUGUUCUACAGGUGCAUUACAACAAUGUAGACAAAUUCAAAGAUGGUUCACGUGACUACUCGGGCAUUGAUAUGCAAAUGACAUUCCAACAGCAGGAACACAAAGCUGGGGUGUACUUCAUGGUGACAAAUGAUGGCAACAUUAAAGCACAUGAAACAACUAACCUGGAGGCAGCCUGUCUCUAUGACGACGCUAGCGUACUCUACCCAUUUGCUUACAGAGUGCACACACACAAACUUGGUGAAGUGGUGUCUGGAUAUCGCAUCCGAAAUGAUGAAUGGGAAGAGAUAGGCAAGAGGAGCCCACAACUACCACAGAUGUUUUAUCCCGUUUCUAACCCUGACUUCACCGUCGAGAAAGGCGACACAUUGGCCAUGAGGUGUACGUUUGAGAGUGAUCGAAACACAGAUACAUUCAUUGGACCGACCACAAAUGAUGAGAUGUGCAACUUCUACAUGAUGUACUACACCAAACAUGAGCCUCUGCCCGUCUCCGAUACAUGUGUGACCUACAACUACCACUGGGCAGACCACCUGAAGAAUAUACCAGACCAGUUGGCCAGUUCAUUGCCUGCUGGCGAGACUGAAGACUAAGCAGCUGAUAUAGGGGGUCAAGAAUGAAGUUUGGGAACGGGAUCGUUUGGAAUUCGGAUCUCAAGUGGGUAUUUAAUUAUUUUAUUUAUUUAUUUUUCAGGAAGG